AUGGCUCAGGAGGAAGGUGGGAAGCUGGCCAAGGUGCAGGCGCGGGUCGGGGCGUCGCACGGCAUCACCGACCUGGCCCGCAAGCUCCACUUCUAUGACCGCUGGGCUCCAGACUACGACCAGGAUGUGGCCACCCUGCAGUACCGUGCCCCCCGCCUUGCAGUGGACUGCUUCACCCAAGCCUUUGCAGGCCCUCCGCACGCUGCCCUGAUCCUGGACGUGGCCUGUGGCACGGGCCUGGUGGCUGUCGAGCUUCAGGCUCGGGGCUUCCUCCAGCUUCAUGGGGUUGAUGGGAGCCCACGGAUGCUGGAGCAGGCCCGGGCCCGUGGCCUUUACCAGCGCCUCAGCCUCUGCACCCUGGGCCAGGAGCCUCUGCCCAGCCCGGAAGAAACCUUCGACGCAGUGCUGAUGGUGGGAGCCCUCAGCGAUGGCCAGGUGCCCUGCUGUGCGAUUCCAGAGCUCCUGCGCGUCACCAAGCCAGGUGGGCUGGUGUGUCUGACCACCAGGACCAACCCGUCCAACCUUCGAUACAAGGAGGUGCUGGAGGCCGCUCUGGAUGGGCUGGAGCAGGCUGGGGCAUGGAAACGCCUGGUGGCCUGGCCGUGGACUGCUGGGAGCUGGCCACCUCCGAAGUCGAGGUGGUACCAGGCACCUCUGCCAAGGAUGGCUUCAUCUCCGGCAUCGUCUACCUGUACCGAAAGCAGGAGACAGUUCACGUCGAGGGUGUGAGCUCCGGUCCCAGCCCCCGGCCGGCCUCUGACCCUCCACUUGCUCUGCCUAAUAAAUGAGCCCCCAAGAGGGGUGAAGGGA